CCCAGUCCUGCCUUCUACCACUUCAUCCUGACCCACUUCAAGUGGUUUUGGGACAUUAUCAACAGCACCUUCAUCAGGGACACGCUCAUGAGGCUCGUGCUGACAGUUCGUGCCAAUCUCAUCCCCAGCCCCCCCACUUUCAACUCUGACUAUGGCUACAUCAGCUGGGAGGCCUAUGCCAACGUCAGCUACUACACCCGCGUGCUGCCGCCCGUGCCGGACGACUGCCCCACGCCCAUGGGCACCAAAGGGAAGCUGCAGCUCCCUGACCCCCAGCUCCUGGCAGAGAGGUUCCUGCUGCGGCAGAAGUUUGAGGCUGAUCCCCGAGGCACCAACAUGAUGUUUGCCUUCUUCGCCCAGCAUUUCACCCACCAGUUCUUCAAGACAUCUGGGAAGAUGGGACGUGGCUUCACCAAGGCUCUGGGACAUGGGGUGGACCUGGGGCAUUUGUACGGGGACAACCUGCAGCGGCAGCACCAGCUGCGACUCUUCCGAGAUGGGAAGCUGAAAUUCCAGGUGGUGGAUGGCGAGGUGUACCCGCCCGCGGUCAGCGAGGUGGAGCGACGAGCAGCUCUUCCAGACAGCACGGCUCAUCCUCAUCGGGGAGACCAUUAAGAUCGUUGUUGAGGACUACGUGCAGCACCUCAGUGGGUACUACCUGAGCCUCAAGUUCGACCCCGAGCUGUUGUUUGGGUCCCAGUUCCAGUACCGGAACCGCAUCGCCGUGGAGUUCAACCAGCUCUACCACUGGCACGGGCUGAUGCCCGACUCCUUCAUCAUCCAGGGACAAGAGUACAGCUACAAGCAGUUCCUCUACAACACCUCCAUGCUCAUGGACUACGGCGUGGAGGCGCUGGUGGAGUCCUUUUCCAAGCAGGUAGCAGGAAGGAUCGGGGGGGGACAGACCAUCAAUGCCAACGUCCUGCACGUGGCCGUCGGGGUCAUCAGGGAGUCCCGGCAGCUGAGGCUGCAGCCCUUCAACGAGUACCGGAAAAGGUUUGGCAUGAAGCCCUACAAGUCCUUCCAGGAGCUGACAGGAGAGGAAGAGAAGGCAGCAGAGCUGGAAGAGCUGUAUGGAGACAUUGAUGCUCUGGAGUUUUACCCAGGCUUGCUGCUGGAGAAACCCCAACCCAACGGCAUUUUUGGGGAAAGCAUGGUGGAGAUCGGAGCUCCAUUUUCCCUGAAGGGGCUUUUUGGAAACCCCAUCUGCUCCCCAGAGUACUGGAAACCCAGUACAUUUGGUGGAGCAACCGGCUUUGAGAUCGUGAAGACGGCGUCCCUGGAGAAGCUUGUGUGCCUCAACGUGAAGAAGUGCCCGUACGUGGCGUUCCACGUGCCUGACGCUGCAGAGCACGGCAGCCCUCGGGCUGCUGGACCCUCUACAGAGCUCUAGCAGGGCUGAGCUGCCCAGCGAAUGGUGGGGAUGCAGGAACUGCUGCCCCUGUGCCUGCCCAGCACUCGUGCACAGCUGGGACAAGGAACCAAAGCAGUCUCUCCUGGAGGAGACCAGAGAGAAGCAUGAGGUCAGAUCUCCAGGCCUCCUGUGUCGUGCUGGCUUGGACCCUGGCACGUGCCACUGGCUGCCACCCCGGGGCUGCUCAGAGCGAGAUGCUACCUCUGUGCACACAAAGGGAUGGAGUCUCUUCCAUCCCAGAAUCGUCACCCCUCUCUGCACUAACAGCUCAGCACACACAUCCUCACAGCACACACAGCCUGCUUCUGUCCUCCUCCCCAAACAGAGCUCAGCCCUUGCCCAGCACAGCCAUGUGGUAGCUGGCAGCCACUGUCACUGGCCUUGAUCCCCAUCAGAUCCUGGUUAAGCUCCAGGAAAAAGGACAUUUAAAAUAAUAAAUGAUUUUAAAAAUUCCUCUGUUUGUGGCUGUGCCCACCAGCGCUGUGCUGGGCCAUUGCUGACUGCACCUGAAGCAAUAAAUGGAGCAACUUCUCCCUUAGGAGCUUCCAUGGGGGUCUCUGAGUGUCCUGGGGCAGUUUGAACUUUGCUCCCCUCUGGCCAUCCCCCAGCUGCUGAAAUGCCACAAUUCAGUGUUUGGCCACUGCUCUCAGGCACAGGGUGGGAUUGUUGGGGUUGUCCUGGGCAGGGCCAGGGGUUGGAGUGCGAUGAUGUUUGUGGGUCCCUUCCAGUUCAGGAUAUUCUGUAAUCCCAUGGUGACACUGCUUAGACCAACAUUGUGUAUUUCUCUCACAUAAAAACUAUCCACACA